CGGUUCCUCACAGUGAUGACUAGUUUUUGCUCGGGGGCAGCUUUCGGUUUAUUGUGCAUAGCGGUCGGAACUGAUUACUGGCUAUAUACCAAAGAGAAAACAGCGGAAGCCGAUUUUAAUAACACUGUGCGAUAUAAAAGUGUGUAUUCUGGUCUGUGGAGAGUUUGUCGAAUGAAAGGUAGGUUGAUGGGUGCUGACAAAUUUGUGGAACCCUUUAUAUCAUUACUGUGCGAGAUUCUUUUAAAUAUACGUCGAGCUACCACCUUUCCUUUAGUGAGUUUAUUAAUAUUGCUAAUAGGAGGAAUACUGAGUCUGGGUAGCCAUUGUAAAUCAAACGGUGGAAGAAAGAUUUUAACUUUUGUAUGUGGCAUUUUAUUUGUUUUAGCAGGUUUAUGUACUUUGGUAGGAAUUAUUCUCUAUAUUGGUAGUAUAACUGAAGAAGUAGGAAAUAAAGCACAUGCAUCAAUAGAAAAACCUAAAUUUAUAUAUUUUUAUGGACCGUCAUUCAUGAUGGCCGUAGGUUCCUUCAUUUUAACGGAACUU